AUGCUCCUCCUAACCAAACAGACCCGAAUGGCAUCAGACUUCCCCCCUGUGAGCUCUCUUGACCGAGCGGUGCCGAUUGCCAGGCUAAUCAGUAGUAUGGAGAGAGUAGAGGGCGAAGCCGCAGGGGUAGAAGAAGAACCCAAAAUGACGUCGUUGUUCCCCGUCUUUCACACCGGCGACCAAUCUUCCGAUCCAACCACUACCUCCAACAAUGGCGUCCCUAGGUGGCUACGCAACCCCAGCUUCACCACCGACCUUUCGCUCAUAAACGACGCCGUUUCCUCCCACUACCAUGAUCCACCGCAGUUCGAAUACGAAGACGACAAAGAAGACCCUCCCGUUAUCGAACAACGAAGGUCUUCCUACGAAUUAGUGGACUCGUCUGCAUCCGAUCGACCCUCCGCCUCCGCCUCCGACGACGAUGGAGAAAGGGAUCGAAAAAAGAAGCGGAAAAAAGACAAGCGGAAACGACGUCGUGAAGCGGCUACUCAGUAUGAGUAUGCUCUUUCUUCUUCUAGAAAACCCGGUGUUACGUCUUGGGCUUCUUCGUCUUCGUCUUCUACUACUACCACCAAGGACUACUACUUUGACUCUAAUGGAGACCGUGACAAUGCAGCCUUUGGACGCCUUUACAGAAUGGAUGUUGCUCGGUACAAACUUUACAGUUCUGGGGAAAUAUCCAAGCUUUUUCAUUAUAGAAAACAUUAUGCGUGGAAACAUAAUAGUAGGGUUUUUGAUGGGGAGAGUGAUGUUGAUGGCGUGGAUGGUAAACUGAAAUCCGGGGGUCGUUAUUGGUCAGCAAAGUACGCCGCAUUGGAGCGCCAUAAAAACUUGAAGCGAAUAAGAAUAAUUGGACCUGAAAAACCUAGAGUAAGGGCAGGUGACCCGGAAUUCAUUCCUGUGUCGGGUGUGGAUGAUGAGGGUUCAUUUUCAGGAGCUGCAGUAGUUGAGGAGUCUUGGGAAGAUGAGUUGUUAAGGAAAACAAGGGAAUUCAACAAGAUGACUAGAGAUCGGCCCCACGAUCUGAAACUUUGGUUAGAUUUUGCUGAGUUGCAAGACAAGGUUGCUAGUAUGCAGUCACAGAAAGGUGCUCGUUUGCAGACUCUUGAAAAGAAGAUUAGCAUACUGGAGAAGGCGACUGAGCUCAACCCGGAUAGUGAAGAACUGUUACUUGCUCUUAUGAACUCUUAUCAGAGCAGAGACAGCUCCGACAUCUUGAUUGGUAGAUGGGAGAAGGUACUUCUGCAGAAUUCGGGGAGUUUCAAGUUGUGGAGACAAUUUCUGCUUGUUGUUCAGGGGGAAUUCUCCAGAUUCAAGGUUUCUGAGAUGAGGAAAAUGUAUGCCACUGCAAUCAGAGCUUUAUCUGCUGCAUGCAUCAAGCAGUAUAGGCAGGUUCUCAAUUUGGCAUAUUUAUAUUUGCCUUCAUGUACUAGUACUGAAAUCCAUUAUUUGAAUAUAAACUUCUUUGAGUUCUAUCGUUGUUCAGUAAAAAUAGUUGUUUUGCUUUGUUCUGAGGCUCAUGGUGGGUAAUAGGUUUUUUUUUUUUUCUCUCAACUUCCAUCUUUUGUCACCUUUAUACUGAAAAAAGCACAUAUGAGCAGACAAAUUUCAUGAUCUUGUUAUGUCUGUUUCUAUUCAUUUCUGCAAUUUCAUACUUGAUAGAACAGCAUGUACAUUUCAGUAAUAAAUUAUUCUGGAAGAAUAAAUUUAGUACAUUAAAUGGUUAUGACUGAACAUAUGAGAUGCUGAUUAGUGGUAGAAUUUUUUACAGUUUAUGUUGCUCUUUGUAGUUAUUUAAUGUAUGAGGGGAAGAAAAAGAUACUCGUAGUAAGAUCAAUCAUAUUUAAGCAUUUUUUCCCUUUAUCCCAAUUGUGCAAGUGACUUCUAAGAGCAAGUGUAGCCUUUUAUGUAGCACUAUUCUACUAGUACUAACGAUAAAAUGUUCCAAGCCUUUUGUUGAUACGCUUCUGGCUUUUCUUUUGAGAUCCACUUCGGGAAUAGAAUCCAACUCCUUUCCGGGUAUAGCUCAAGCGGUUCAUAGGAUCAAUCCUUUAUGUUCAGUGUAGCUAGUUAUGGAGGGGGAAGUUUGAUUGAUAUCGGAAUGUGCUUGGAAGGUCGAAGAGAGAAGGUCACUUAGGGAAAUCAAAGCUCAGUUUUAGGACUCUCGUUUGAUCGAAGGAGAAUUUUGAUUUGCUCAGCCACCAAGCUGGCGAUGUGCUUAUCUUGUGUGACAACACUACAGAGAAAGCGACACUUAUGGGGU